AUGUUUACUGUUAACAUAACACAUGCCAAUUGUCUUCAGAUUAUAGAGAUACUGCAACAACAAUAUGGUCUCCCUCAAGACGCUGCAGUGGAGAGUGGAACCAACUUUCUUCGCGCCUUUCGAGCCCGCCCUGAUGAUGACACGUACGCAUUGGACGAAUGGCCGGCACAUCUAUGGCGCAACUGUCUGCCUAAGAAGUAUAGACAUAUCGCCAAAAAUAUAUCAGCCGAAUGGGUAAAAUUAAGGUUUCAAUGUUUGGCUCUAACAAACGACGUAAUACAUCUUCUGGAGACACUGCGGGAGGAUUACCUUCUCGGUCUGAUCACGAACGGGCCGUCACGAGCCCAGUGGCAGAAAGUUGACCGGCUGGGCCUCCGCAAGUACUUCGACUGCGUGCUGGUUUCCGGCGACUUCCCAUGGGAGAAGCCUGAUCAGAACAUCUUCCUGGAAGCGUGCAAGAUACUCAACGUCGAACCUCGUAUGUGCAUCAUGGUUGGAGACAAGCUAGAAACUGAUAUCAAGGGAGGCAAAGAAGCUGAGUUAGGGGGCACAGUAUGGAUCCCGUUUCAAAAGGACAUGGAGUCGUCAGACUUACCAGACUUCACUAUAGAUAAAGUCACAGAAUUGCCAGAAGUAUUGCCAAACUCUCCUAAACUCAAACGGCCUGCGCACACAUCUGGUAUAAACUGCUGA